AUUGCCUUCCUUGCCUUGCUUCACCCUCCACCGUUGAUACCUGCAGAUCAUCUGCACGCGCAUACUGGUUCCCGUCGUGCAUAGUCCCUGCAGGCGUUUCCUCAGCUUGUCAUCCCAGUCCUUCAACCCGAGAGGUCUAUCGCUCCUUUCCCACUAAGGCUGUAGUGUCCUUCUCUGCAGAGAAAGCCUCGUACACUACCCUCCCUCAGCGAACGGGGUUUGCCCGGUAACACAGAACCAUGGCCUCCACUUCCUUUCGCGACUCGGUUAAUUCCCUGGGUUGGUCUCGUCGAGACGCGGAUCUCCCUGUCCGCACCAACUCGUCAUCAUCAACCCCAUUUCUCUCCAAGUUGUCAUCCUUGAAUCCGUUCGGACAGGGCGAGGGUUACGUGCAACUACCCACCCAUGAAGGUCCCGGAGCUGCAGGUCGACGGGAGGAGGAAGACAGUGUCUUUGCCUUGAAUCGUUGGGAUCGGAUGUUGAUCUUUUUCGCCUGUAAUGUUGGAGCCGCUCUAUGCUUUGUUAUUUGCUUUUUCCUUUUCCCAGUGCUGUCGCUCAAACCCCGCAAAUUCGCCAUUCUAUGGUCCGUUGGUUCGUUGCUAUUUCUGCUAUCAUGGGCGGUCCUCAUGGGACCCUGGGUUUACGCUAAGCAUCUGGUCUCGGGAUCACGACUUCCCUUUACGGCCGCCUAUUUUGGUUCCAUUGCCUUAACCCUCUAUUUUGCUAUCGGGCUCCACUCCACCCUCCUAACUCUCAUCUCGUCCAUUUUCCAACUUGUAGCCCUGCUUUGGUACCUUGUCAGCUACUUCCCCAUGGGAAGUACCGGAUUGCAGUUUAUGGGUAGAUUUGGGGCGCAGCGUGUUACGUCUUGGGUUGCUGGUUGAGCUGAGCUGAGGGAAGUCAAGUUUUGGGGAUGAUAUAAUUUCUAAUGUAUACGUUUAUUUGUAUUAACAGGUGAUAAGAGGAUGAAUUAUACGAUGGUUGUAUAUUAUGAGUGUGGCAUCUAGACGUGAGUCGU